CGAAGAGUUCAGCUGUUCAGUCAGUCGAUGCCCGCGUCUCACGCCGUCAGCAACGCGUUCUCCGUUGGUCGUUCGCCGCGACAGAUCGGAGUCGAAUUCGUGUUACACGUAAAUAAAACACAGCGCGCUUUGUAUAGUGGAUUUGUGCUUUAGUUCUGUGGAUUUACGGAUUCUUGACUUGUGCGCCUUUUGGAUUACACGCUCGCUCGGUGCUCACGUUGCUCGUCGUUGCCGAUGCUAAUACGAUUCAAAACGGAGACAGCUGACAAAUUUUAAGGGAUACAGCAUUUAACGUGAAAACAAUAGGAGAUCCUCGGGUUCUGAUGUGGAAUUGGCGCCUGGGAUGAUGGAAGUGGUGUCUCUGCCGCCAAAUGGGGGCCAAGAGGGGCCCCGGAAGCGGCACAACGUAGCGGAGUGGUCCCGGAUGGACCAUCUGACCGGCAUGCUCGAACAUGCCCGCGUAGAGACGGACCACUGGACCGCCAACACGCCCAACACCACCCACCAAUUCGGCAAGGUGGUGGACAGGCGGGCCCGCAAUCGAAGAGAUGGGAGCGUCCAGCAAGUCCAGUCAACGAAGCAACUCGAGGUGUUUCAAGCCCAUAUACCUGGGGGCUCCGUUCAAGUCAUUCGUUCACAGACCAGUUCCUGGUCAAAUACCAAGCAGGUGAGUGGCGGGCCCAUGUCUGGGUGGCCACCCAUAAAAGGAUCCAGUCAACCAUUUAAACCGAUGGAUCAACCAGUCGUAGAGCAACCGUUCGAAGAUCUUCAGCUGAGCUCAAGUCCCCUGGAUUUGACGCCCCAGAAAAUGAAAGUAAACAUCGGACGAAGCGGAUCCAUCGGCGGGAGGCGACCGCCCACGCGGCCUCGCAGCACCAUCCUCAACUCCCGCAACAUCGAAGAACCAUCUAGUCGCCUCUCCGAGCUCUCGAGCAUCUGCGAGAAGCUCCACCGACAGACCGAGACGCACUCUUUCGGCAAGUUCCCCAACUUUCACACCCCGAGCUUCGGGAAGCGGAUGUUCGAGAACGGCUUCCACGAGAGCACCGACUGCGACGACGCCUCCUCGCAGAAGUCCAGCUCCAUAGGCUCCAUCAAGAUCACCGAAAUCACCAACGGCGACUCGGACGUCCCCGACGAUGCCUCAACCCACGGGAGCCUCACCCGCCAAAAGAGCAAUUCCAUCGAGGACAUGAAGAGUCUGAACCUGGACAACAAAACGUCCGAAGACGGUGAGUCCAACUGGCGCCGUGGCUCAAAGGUGCGACGGUCGUUACAGUUCUUCUCGCAAAAGGCGGAAGAAAGCCCAAAGCCAAAUUUCAAACAAGUCCACACGAAGACAUGGUCGGAUUUGAACGAGCUGGAGGGUGUAGUAUUGAAGAUCAAACGAGAUAUAGACAACGAUUCAAUCAAGCUGCUCAGCGACGCUGAGGAUAGCAGUAAAGAGAACACCGAGAGUAGGAAGUUAACACCGGCCAAGAAGAAAGAUUCCUUCAUCACGGUGGAGUCGUUAAACGAGGUGCGCGGGAAAUUAAAACCAUUGAACCCGGAACCGGUUGCCCCGAUAGUGACGGAACCGGACGACGGCAUAGUCACCGAAACGAAGCCGGAGACCCCGCCAGCGCCCGCUCCCGGGAAAGUCAAGUCAUUCGUCUUCGGCAUGGAGAUCCAGUUGCAGAAACCGAAAAUCAACGGGACCGGGAGUCUGGAGAGCCGCAGCUCCAGUAAAUCCAGCACCUCGUCGGGCAGCCGCUCGGAGGAAUGGUACAACCGCCGGAAGUCCUACGGCUUCGAGCAGAUGCACAACCAGAACGGCGAGAACUCCCGUCUCAAAGAGGACUCCAAGGUGGAGUCGUCGACGGAUAGCGGAAUCUGCAGGUCUUCCGAGAUAGUGGCAGCGCCAUCCAAGCUAGGCAUCUCCAAGUACGACGAGGUUAUGCCCAAGUCUAUUCUCGACACCCAGGAGGCCAAGUUCUCGAACCAGUUCGGGAGGAAGACGACGGUGACACUAGGUGACGGCAAUCAGCCUUUCGAGUGCCACAGGAGGUCCUUCCCCGGAGGGAAGAUACAGGAAGCCCUGCGAAGUUUACGCGAGACGUCGACUUUCAGCGUGUUCGAUCAGAAGAGGAAGUCAGAACCGGUUACAAUUUCCAUACCGAUAGUUCAAGUUAACUCUGUCGAAGACACGCCGAAGACGAAGACCCUCUUACAUAGGCAGUUCUCGAACGGGACGGCGGUUUCAGUGGAGUCUAGUCCUGCUGUAGACGAAGGAAGAGAUAGUUGUAGGGAAUCGGAUUCGGAUUUCAAUAGUUUUUCCCUCAACUCGAUUUCCGAUAAAUUAUCGACCAACUCGACGGAAGAUCUGCUGUCGGACUGUUCGGCGAAGGCGUCGGGUGACUUCGAGGGCGUCCGCCCGACGAGCGUACAGAUCUUCUCGGACGAGGACGCCGCCCGGGUGAAGUCGCCGACGUCGGAGGUGGACAAGAAGCAGCGGAAGGUGGAGUUCAGCAAGACGGAGAUCCACUUCGCGGCGGAGCCCGGGAAGCUGAACAUCGUGGAGACGGACGGGAAGCCGCCGCCGACCAACAUCUACCGACGGAGGAGGCGGCACUCGAGGGACCACACCGACCGGAAGACGAGUGUCGCGGAGAUCCGAUUUGGUGAUUCGCAGUACGAGAAGGAGCUCCUUACGGCGGAGCCGGAGGCUAUUGGAUAUAAGCCGAUCUCCGUCGAGGAGAUAAGGAAGUUGAGUCCGAGCCUCAAUGAGGCCCAUAAUAAGAUUAUCGAUAGUUUCACGCAGAAGUACGGCCCGGAGAGCACCGACGAUGCGGAAAAUCCUAAGCUGAGGAGCAUCCUGAAGAACCACGACGCGAAGAGCGUUUGGUGCUCGUCGGUGAACAUCAAGAGCGACCCGGAGGAGAACGAGUUCCAGCGGCUCCUGCGGUCCCUGAAGCCGGCCACGAGGAACAGCAUCGACAUCCCGGAGGUCUGCCGGUCCACGUCGACGGCCGCCGACAACGGGCUGGAGGUUCGGAUCUCGUCGAUGAAGCCGGUCGACAAGCGACGAGCCUCCUGGUCCGUCCCCGAGAGGCAGAUCGCCGAGGACUCCCGGCUCCGGGGCUUCUCGACCAAAGUCAACUUCGGCGCCGGCGAGGCUACCGUCGUCCCUGCCCCCGCCCCCGCCUCCGCCUCCACGUCCGCCCAGAAGAUCCCCGUCAGUGGGCCCACGUGGUUCCAAAGUCAGUCUUACUGUGAUAACCGGUUAAAUAACCCGAAAUGCCAAGAAAAACUCAUCGUUAGAAUCGGAGAAGGCUCUAGCGAGGUCUCCACCAGCUCAAACCUGCCAAAAUUCUCGUACAGCUUCAACCGCAUCCCCGAGACGAAAGCAAACAACUACCAAAAAAUCUGUGAUACACUGCCAGAAUGCAAAUCCGCUUCCUUAGUCAUGGAGACCAUGCGCUCUCCAACGAUGCAAAACCUACCAGAAACCUCCAGAGAACCCUGUAUAGAAUCGAGCACCUCCAGAGAGGCGACCCCGCUGGAGGAAUCGAGCGGCAUUCCUAGCGUUUUAAGCGUACUGGACGAUCUCAAAAAGACCAUCGACGAUGAUAUCGUGGAGAUCACGAGGCAUCGGAAGCAAGACUCGAGUAUUUUUAGGAUUAAGAAUGUGUUCAAGGCUUCCGAGGAAGGGACGAGCCUGUUCAAGAGUCCCAAGUGCGAUAGUUCGCGGAGGUCGCUUCCUAGUCAGUUGUCGUUGUUGAAGGAGAUCCUAGACCUCGACUCCGGGGAGCUCAGUGACGACAGUCUGAAGGCGGAUGAGGAGGUCAGGUCGUACAUGAGUCAGCCGCUGGACGAGGACCUGUUGAGCAGCGAGAUCUCCGGCAGCUGGAGCCGCGUCAAGGCUUUCAAAUACAACCAGAAGCUCAACCUUGCUAACAAACUACUAACAACCCAGAACGGUGACGACAAGAACGGACCUCCUGUCCACCGCGUCGUGGCCGUGGCCAAACUGGACUCGUACGACCGGGACCCGAACCUCAACGCGGUGGAGGCCCUGGUGAGCACCAAGUCCGGGCACCCGAAGAUCACCUCCAUCUCGCUCAAGUACGACGAGGACCCGACCAAGUCCAACUUCAAGCCCCUCAACUUCUCGAGCCGCUUGAGCAAGCCGCCGGCCCCGGCCCCCGAACACGUCCCCGUGCCGACCCCCAAAAUGAAGAACCCCGCCAAGCUCAGCCCGGAGAACGACCGGAUACCAGAUCUGUCGGGUCUUCGAUUGAAAGAGUCGAAUGACAACGACGCAAUUCCGAUUCCCGUCAUCGUGGAGCGGAAGUCGGCGACCGAGAUCCGGAAACAGGAGGAAGCGAAGAAGAAAGUGCUGAAGAGCGUGCCGGUGACGAGGAUGCCGACCCGACAACCGGCAGUCCCACCGCGGAAAGUGGGGCCCUCGAGGAAGAUGGAGGAGGUCUCGGCCCUGAGGCACCGAUCGUUGUCCCCGACGCACGAGAGCAGCUUCGCGCCGCUCGUGCCGCGGGCGACCAAGUCCCAGGAGAAGGUCAUCCGGCCGGAGCUCAAGCCCGUGGACACGCGGGUCCGGCGGGAGCGAUUGGAGAGGAGGGUAGAGACGAGUCAGAGACGGAGCAUAUUCGACAGCGGCCGGGACAGCUGGCUCAACGCACCCAAAGGGGACCGCAGAAGUCAGAGGCAGCCCGAAGGGCGGGAUAGGCGUCCGAAGAAAGAAGAGCCGAGGACAAGGUUAGACUCCGGCGAUUCGAUCUUGGAAGAACUGACGAAAGCGGCCGACGAGAUCCUGCUGGCGGUGAACGGGUGCACGGACGACGAGUCCCGCGCCAGCAGCGACGACGAACGCAAGCCCGCGAAACAGCCCGCGCCGGCGCCGGCCCCGCUGGCGGCCAUCGCGGAGAACCCUCCGACGCGGCGCCUCCGGACGGCCGAGCGCUCCGAGGCCCGCCUCAAGUCCCGCGCUAAGCCCUCGACGGAGCCCACCAAGCCCGCGGAACCCUCCCGGGCCGCCCGCACCGUGGACGAAAGGAACCGGAGGCGACUCGCCCGCGUGUCGCUCAACCGCGGACACGUCGCCUCCUCGUCCGAGGACAUCGAGUCCGCCGCCGAGAACGCCGCCAACGCCAAGAUGAAGAGGGUCGUCAGGAGGGUCGUCAAGUCGCAGCCCACCAGGGAUCCGGUUUCCAGCAGCCAUAAACCAAGGGAAAGGGUUUAUCGAGUGGAUCACCCGGAGGAAGAGAAGAAAAUCGUAAGAUCGUCAACAAGAGAGAACGGACUUCGGAAAGUAGACUACCUCUCGUCCUCAGCGCACAGACGGAAGAGAACCAGCGAGACCGUAGGCAAGCCUGAAGAUCUCAGAAAUUCGAACGUCAGUCAUUUAGAGAGCCGCAAGGAGUCUCACCGAACGGUUAGAGGAUCCUCACAUGGUCAAAAAUGUGAUUCCCGGAUCAAGAUUGUAUCAUCAAGCAAUAAAAGUCGCAUAAUACCUUCAUCAAAAUGAAGCUAUUGAAUUAAAACUAGUCACCUCAAGGUCUGAUAGUCAGCUAUGCGCGUGUCUGAUUUUCUUCGUUGAAGCACCCGACUACUUAUCUAAUUAUCUGCCCUCCCCCUCUCCCUACAUUCGCCCGUCGGGGUGUGUUUUCAGUGCUAAAAGUUAGAAUAAAACUGUCUUUAGUCUUUUGAAACUUGCAAAAGAAUUGAAACUGACUGGUACUAAAUUAAAUUCUACUAAGUACUCUAAAAACUUCUGAAGUCCCUCAAUUUAUAUAUUGUUGUUCUAGUUGUUCUGUAAAUCCAUGAAGCUUAUUUAUUAAUUUAUUUCUAACUAAUAGCAUGUCCUGUUUUGGAAAAAUUCAGAGACACUUUAUUUCUAAUUCAGAAGUCAUGAUUAAUAGCGCAGUUAUUUGAACAUAUACCUCCCCUCCCCUUUAAAAACUGCAUUAAAACUUGAAAACUAUUAAGGACCGUCCUGUGUUCUUUAGGUAACUUUAAGUUCUAUAAUAGGUAAACUCUCCUGGACAGAGGUAAGCGAACUUCCUGUAAAAGAAGAUAUUUGCUGUUUUCACAGAGGUCGUGGAAUAAAUGGAUUCAUUUACAUCACGGUUGUACCAACAAUGAAACACAUAUCGCAUUAUUACUUAUCUCCCAUAAAAAAGUUUCCCUUAUUAUGAAACCAAUAGCUAUGCAAUAUGAUUUUUUUUUCUUCUGGUGUACAAAACUGCUGACCAUGAGACAUAAAUCAAAAGAAAAUGAAGCCUUUUAGCCAUAAGUACUUACCUAUCUCUCGUGUCAUUGAACACGAAGAAAAAUCUGUACCGCUGAAGAUGAGAAAAAACUUAGUUUGUUUGCCUAUUUUUGUAUGUAGUAUUUAUGGACUCACAUUCAAUCGCCAUGAAUUGUAAAUACCUAUUUCUUUUUUCCCUUUUUUUACUGUUCAUUGUUUAAGUGUUAUUAAUUCGCUCAUCUGCUGUUCAAAUACAGAUUAUUUUUUUUACUAAUUGAAA